CAAAAGAGAAAUAAAUAAAAUUGUGAAAUAAAAAAGUUAAAUUAUACAAUAUUUAAGUGAAAUUUAAAAUAUUUAAUGAAAAACUAAACACAAAUUUAAGUUUAAUAUUAAAGAAAUUCAAAAAUAAAAACAAAAUGAAUAGCGCUUUGAGAAUUGCCAUAAUCGGUCAAAGUAAUUUUGCCGCUGAUGUUUUGACGUUACUGCUGGAGAAACGCUACAAUAUUGUGGGUGUAUUCACCAUAGCUAAUAAGGGAAAUCGUGAAGAUAUUCUAGCAACUACAGCUGCUCAACACAAUAUACCGGUAUUCAAAUUUUUAACAUGGCGUCGCAAAGGUGUUGCCAUACCCGAAGUUUUAGAACAAUACCGAUCAGUGCAAGCUAAUCUUAAUGUUUUGCCCUUCUGCUCCCAAUUCAUACCCAUGGAGGUAAUAGAUGGUGCCGCCUUAGGUAGCAUUUGUUAUCAUCCCUCCAUUUUGCCACGUCACAGAGGUGCUAGUGCCAUUUCCUGGACUCUGAUAGAAGGUGAUGAGGUGGCUGGUUUUACCAUAUUUUGGGCUGAUGAUGGUUUGGAUACCGGACCAAUUUUAUUGCAAAAACAAUGUAAUGUAGAGCCCAUAGAUACCUUAGAUACGUUGUACAAACGUUUUCUAUAUCCCGAGGGUAUAAAAUCCAUGGCUUAUGCUGUGGAUUUGGUGGCACAGGGCAAGGCUCCCAAGAUAACACAAACUGAAGUGGGUGCUUCAUAUGAUCCGGCCAUGUUUAAGCAAGAAAAUCAAUAUAUUAAUUUGAAUCAAAAAGCUGAGAGAAUUUGGAAUUUCAUAAGGGCCAUGGACUCAGUGCCUGGAGCCUUAGCUACCGUAAUAAAUGAGGAUAAUACCGAGGAGAAUAUUAGAUUAUUUGGUGCCCAUAUAUAUGAAGACAUACCCGUCAAACAGGAUCAAGCUAUAAGACUUAAAGGUUUGUCCACACCGGCCUAUAUACACGAACGUGGUUUAUUAUUACAGGGCACUGAUCAUAAAUUUGUUAAUGUACGUCGCUUGAAAAAGGGCUCUAAAAUGAUUAAUGCCUGCGAUUGGUUUAAACAAUCUCAAGCUCCCCAAAUUACCAACUUCACGGAGGAUGAAUUGUCCAAAAAAGAAAUUUUAAGCAACAUUUGGUUGUCCAUAUUAAAAUGUCCCAUUGAAGCUGAUACGGACUUCUUUGCGGCCGGUGCUGGUUCCAUGGAUGUGGUUAGAUUGGUGGAGGAAUGUAAGGAUGCUUUCGAUGUGCCGCUGGAAAAUGAACAGGUUUUCAUGGCUCCUGUAUUCGAGGAGUUUUACUAUGAAAUUGUUAAGGCCCUGAGACAGGGUUCUUCGGCAGACAAUAUAAAGGUGCACUACGAUGGCUUUGUUUUAAAAGCCAAUAAACGUGAAAUUCCCAUAGCCACCCAGCUGUUUAUCGAUGGCCAGUUUGUGGAUGCUGAAAAUCGCAAGACUCUGGAUAUUAUUAAUCCCGCCAGUGAAGAAGUCAUUUGCAAGGUUGCUUGCGCUUCUCGUAAUGAUGUUGAUAAGGCAGUACAAGCUGCCCACCAGGCUUUCUAUGGUUCUUGGCGUCAAAUAUCGGCCCGGCAAAGAGGGCAACUUAUGCUUAAAUUGGCCGAUUUGAUGGAAGAGCAAAAGGAAGAAUUGGCCACCAUAGAAUCGGUGGACUCAGGAGCUGUUUACACUUUGGCCUUAAAGACUCACAUAGGUAUGUCCAUAGAUGCUUGGCGUUACUUUGCCGGCUGGUGUGAUAAGAUACAAGGCUCCACCAUACCCGUUAAUCCCGCCAGACCCAAUAAUGUAUUGACUUUCACCAAAAAAGAAGCCAUAGGAGUGGUGGGUUUGGUUACUCCUUGGAAUUAUCCCUUGAUGAUGUUGUCUUGGAAAAUGGCAGCUUGCAUAGCAGCUGGCAAUACCUGCUUAAUUAAGCCGGCCCAAACCUGUCCCUUAACAGCCUUAAAGUUUGCUGAACUCACUGUAAAAGCUGGCUUUCCUCCAGGUGUUAUAAAUGUGGUAACUGGUACUGGCUCUGGAGCUGGCCAGGCCAUAGCUGAUCAUCAGUUAAUAAGAAAAUUAGGCUUCACCGGCUCUACAGGCAUUGGCAAAGUGGUAAUGCGUUCUUGUGCCGAAUCGAAUUUGAAAAAAUGUUCCAUGGAAUUGGGUGGCAAAAGCCCUCUAGUGAUAUUUGCUGAUUGUGAUUUUGAAAAGGCGGUUAAACAUGGUAUGUCCUCGGUUUUCUUUAAUAAAGGCGAAAAUUGCAUAGCAGCUGGCCGCAUCUUUGUAGAGGACACCAUACAUGAUGAAUUUGUACGUAGAGUGGUCAAAGAUAUACGCUCCAUGACCAUUGGAGAUCCUCUCAAUCGCUCCACAGCUCAUGGCCCUCAAAAUCAUCGUGCCCAUUACGAAAAACUCAUUGAAUUCUGUAAUAUAGGUGUAAAAGAGGGUGCCACUUUAGUGUAUGGUGGCAAACCCGUAGCCAACAUGAAGGGCUACUACUUUGAACCCACCGUCUUUACAGACGUUGAGGAUCAUAUGUAUAUAGCUCAGGAGGAAUCGUUUGGUCCCAUUAUGAUCAUUACGAAAUUCCAUGGCAGCGAUGUGGAAUCUGUAAUGAAACGAGCCAAUCGCUCGGAAUAUGGUUUGGCCAGCGGUGUAUUUACUAAGGACAUUAGCAAGGCACUGUCAUUUGCCGAGAAUAUUGAAGCCGGCACUGUGUUUGUGAAUGUGUACAAUAAGACUGAUGUGGCAGCUCCAUUUGGUGGCUUUAAACAAAGUGGUUUUGGCAAAGAUUUGGGACAAGAAGCCCUAAAUGAAUAUCUCAAGACUAAAUGUGUUACAAUAGAAUUUUAGAUUUACAUAAUUUGUACCUAGAAACUAGUGUAUUUUAAGUUAGGUUUAAGUAUUUAUAAGGAUUUGAAAAAAAAUAAUAAUAAAAAAGUAAAUGUAACAUUUAACUAAAAA